UGAUAACUUUUUUUGUUUCUUUUUUAAGAGAUCCACAGGCACUGAAUUAUUUUCUACAUGGUCCUAGUAGUAAAUCUAGCAAUGAAGACUUGACUAAUGCAGGGUACUCUGCAGCCAAUUCUAAUUCAAUUUUCGCCAACUCCAAUAACACUGAUCCUAAAUCCGCUAUCAAAGGUGUAAGCAAUCAGCUUGGAGAGGGGCCUAGUGAUGGACUACAUCUGUCAAGUAGCCUUCAGUUUCUUGAAGAUGAACUUGAAUCUUCUCCUUUACCUGAUCUCAGUGAGGAUCAGCCUUUUGAUAUUCUUCAGAAGUCCUUACAAGAGGCCAAUAUUACUGAACAGACUUUGGCAGAAGAGGCAUAUCUGGAUGCCAGUAUAGGUUCUAGCCAACAGUUUGCACAAGCUCAGCUUCAUCCUUCUUCAUCAGCAUCCUUUACUCAGGCUUCUAAUGUGUCUAAUUACUCAGGUCAGACGCUGCAACCUAUAGGAGUUACUCAAGUGGUACAGCAACCAGUUGGAGCAUCUUUUGCAAGCAAUACAGUUGGUGUGCAACAUGGUUUUAUGCAACAUGUGGGAAUUAGUGUUCCCAGCCAGCAUUUGUCUAAUAGUAGUCAGAUUAGUGGUUCGGGGCAGAUACAGCUAAUUGGUUCAUUUAGUAAUCAACCUUCCAUGAUGACUAUUAACAACCUUGAUGGAUCUCAGAUUAUAUUGAAAGGCAGUGGACAGCAAGCACCUGCAAACAUGAGUAGCGGACUCUUGGUUCAUAGACAAACUCCUAAUGGUAACUCACUGUUUGGUAACUCAAAUUCAAGUCCAGUAGCACAACCUGUAACUGUCCCAUUUAACAGCACAAAUUUUCAGACAUCUUUACCAGUGCAUAAUAUCAUUAUUCAGAGGGGUCUAGCACCAAAUUCUAAUAAAGUUCCAAUUAAUAUCCAACCAAAGCCUAUUCAGAUGGGUCAGCAAACAGCUUACAAUGUGAAUAACUUGGGAAUACAGCAGCAUCAUGUACAACAAGGGAUUCCUUUUGCUUCAGCGAGUUCACCUCAGAAUUCCGUAGUUGGUCCUCAUAUGUCUGUUAAUAUUGUUAAUCAACAAAACACAAGAAAAUCAGUUACUCCUCAAACAGUUAGUAAUGCUGGCGGUAGUAUUGUUAUCCAUUCUCCUAUGGGACAGCCUCAUGUAUCUCAAAAUCAGUUUCUCAUACCUACAAGUCUCUCUGUCAAUUCUAAUUCUGUUCAUCAUGUCCAGACCAUAAAUGGACAACUUCUUCAGACUCAACCUUCCCAGUUGGUUUCUAGCCAAGUAUCUGCUGAGCAUGUUAUGCUGAACAGGAACUCUACAAGCAUGCUCAGGGCCAACCAUUCAUAUUCAGGACAGAUGCUGAAUAAUCAGAAUACAGCUGUUCAGUUAGUUUCUGGUCAGACAUUCACAGCUCCUGGAAGUCAAGUUAUAGUAAAUCAUGGAACUUCUCAAAUUGUUGGUGGACAGGUGCCAUUACAACAGGCAUCACCAACAGUGUUGCAUUUAUCACCCAGUCAAAGUAAUGUUUCUCAAGGUAGAUCAGGUUUUACUGCAAUGUCACCUGGACAGUCUACAGUCUCAAAUAUGUCAGCAUCUAAUCGGUAUACUGUUGUAAGUUCUUCUGGCACAGUACAUCCCAGCCUGGGGCCACCAGUUCAGUCGGUUGCAUCAGGAGGAAAUUUUACUGGAGAUCAACUUACACAGCAGAAUAGAACACAAGUUUCAGUGAGUGUAUCACAUUGUCUUCCUGUUUCCUCUUCUAAAUCUAUCAGCACUUUCAGUCGCACAUCAGUAGGAGUAACACAGCAACAGUUCACUUUUGCUCAGGCUCAGAAAAAAGUUAUGAACCAGUCCUCACCAGUUUCUGCAUCAAAGUCACAGGAUAGCUUGAGACAACCUCCGCUAACAGGUCUUCUGAGUAACACAUUGCCAGGACAGGAUUCUGGAGGUAAAAUCAUCCAGCAACCUUUAGGAACAACACAGUCGCAGCAGGAAAAAGUAGUAGGAGCAUCUCCUAUCCAACAAAAUGUGCAGGUGGAUGUUCAUACAGUUGGACAAAAGAGGCCUGCUGCUAAACAGCUAACAAAAGGAGCUUUUAUUCUGCAGCAGUUACAGAAGGACCAGGCACAUGCUGUGACACCAGAUAAAAGUCAGUUCAGAUCGUUAAAUGAUGCAGUCCAGAGACUCCUCUCAUAUCAUGUGUGCCAGGGAUCACUGCCAACCAAGGAGGAUUUAAGAAAAGUGGACAGUGAAUUUGAAUCUGUAGCCACGCAGCUUCUGAAAAGGACACAAGCUAUGCUAAAUAAGUACAGAUGUUUGCUCAUAGAAGAUGCAAUGCGGAUAAAUCCCUCUGCAGAAAUGGUUAUGAUUGACAGGAUGUUUAACCAGGAAGAAAGGGCAUCUCUGUCCCGGGAUAAGCGCCUUGCACUAAUGGAUCCUGAUGGUUAUCUGGCUGAUUUUUGUUGUUCCUCUAAACAAUUUGAUGAAACUGCUGAUGAAGCACAGUCCAGUGAAAGUGAUCAUCAGUGUAGUAAAACUUUGACUUCUAACAGUCAGACUACCAAGAUCCAAACCAGAGACCGAUCAAAAUCCAGCACAGCAGAGUCUACAAAUCAUGACAAACUUCAUUUAGUGCCUAACAACAUUAUGACACAACUAGAAGGAAAAAUUUCUACUAAAAAAACGGAAAGCCUCACUAAAGCUUUAAAGUUUGAGAAGGCUAGCUGUUCUCCUGACAGUCAAUACAUGGCUGUGUCUGAACAGAAAUUGGCUGGUAAAGAACUUGCCAAGGCCAGUGAAAAUUCUUCAAGUUCUGAAGACCUGUCAAAAAUCUUGUCAAGAGCUAAUCAUGGUACGCAUAAAAUGUCAAGGAAUACAGUUGAAUCUCACUCAGAGGUAAUAUGUAAUAACUCCUCCCUCCAAGACAAAACUCAGAGGAGCUUUCCAAAGAAUGAGGUUUUACAUCCUGACAGCAUGAAAGGCUCGGGUGAACCACAACAGGAUUUACUCCUCAGUAAGAGUUUAGAAACUACAUUCAAAAACAUUUUGGAACUGAAAAAAACUGGGAGACAGCCACAAAGUGAGGCUACUGGUAGUGGCUCUGUAGAAUUAGACUUUCCAAACUUUUCACCAAUUGCUUCACAAGAAAACUGCCUGGAAAAAUUUAUUCCAGAUCACAGUGAAGGUGUUGUAGAAACGGACUCUAUUUUAGAAGCAGCUGUAAAUAGUAUCUUAGAGUGUUAAUAGUCACAGUACCAUGGAUGAGUUAUGUUUCUCUUAGUAGAAGCGAAUGUGAAUGACACCACAAGUACAGCCUGACAUAUGUCAAAGGUUAAUCUUUCUAAACUAGAUUCUGUUCUGUGUUUGAGAGCAAUACUCAUUGUGAUUACAGUGAGAUAUCCAGUAAAGUUAAUCCUUGUUAGAAUGCAGUCUGUUGGGGCCUACACAUUUCAAGUAUUAUAAUGAUAGUGCUUAUGGUAAUUGUUUAACACUGCAAUUUAAUGAGAUUGCAGUUCACUAGGCCCUCGGUAAUAAGGUAAUAUACUGACAAUCACAGUCAUAUGAAAAGACAGAUUUAUUCAAGAAAACUUUAAAAAGACAAAUGGAAGCAACAAUUUUCCCCCUUCCAUAAAUCACUAGAUUUUAGUUUCUUUCCAGGAAAACCUCGUGGUUAAAUACCCAUUGUACCUUUAUUCAGAAAUGAUUGUCUAUCUGAUUUAUUAAUGAAUCCAUCUGCUCUAGGAUUUUAAGUUGGAAGGAUAUCAUUGGUACGUUUAUAGGGCUUCGUAUUUCAAGUGCUUUUCUGUUGUCACUGAACAGAAAGUAGUACGAGUAUAUCUGUAGUGGGUGAAUUUAGUCUGUGGAAUGAUACUGUAUAAUGUUAGUCACAACAGUAUGAUGUGAAAUAAUAUAUGGUCGACUAAGGAAAGAAGAACAGAUGCCAGUAAGUGGCAAAGCGUACGGGAGGAGGUCAUGAUAGAGCCAUGAAUUUAUAUAUAUGAAUACAUAUAUAUGUUAACUCUUGAGGAGAAGGUUUUGCUUUUUAUAAUUGGAUAUAGUCAACCUAAGUCUUUCUGAAGUGGUAUAAAUGCUGUUUUUUUUUUAAGACCAAGUGUCAAAAGCACUUUUAUUUGAAAACUGUGUUAUUAAAUUAAUAGUUUAUACUUUGAGGGGACAUUAGCCUUAAUCUGAGAAAUUUAAAGGCCAGUGUUGUUGUUUGUUUCUGCUUCUUGCUGUCAGAGAAUAUUAGUCAUCCACAGCAGCAGUCAUAACUACCAAAAUAUGUACAGACCAAAGUUAAUCAGCUAUCCCAUUGUUAAAACAUAUCUAAACUUGUACAAUUAUUAAUUCACAUUUUGGAGCCAAAGGAAACCCCUGUGUGGUUUAUAUUUGGCUGGUGUUCAUGUUGACGAGAAUAGAAGCUUAUUUUAUUUAUUUAUUUUUAAUAUGUGACAUUUUCCCUUUUAUGGCCCAUGCUUCUUUUUUAAUAGUUUGCCAUGGUCAUUAGUGGUGUUGUGCACAUAAGUGUUCUGCCAUUAUCACGAUGAAUCUAGCAUGUAUGUCUGCUCAGAAGGGUAGAGCUGUUGUGGUUUCUAAGGCAUGCUCUCUGUGUCUCUUUCCUUCUGUCUUCCUCCCUGUUGGUCUCAAAAAUAAACAGCCAUGUUUCAAAACUUGCUGAUUGCCAUUAUCAUAAUCUACAGACUCAUUGUGACAAACUGUGGUUGUCAGUCAGAUUGCCAGAACUGCCAGGAAAGAAAACAAAAGGCCAGGUUUUGCUAUCAUUUACAUCAGGGAGUUUGCACCAGUGUAAAAGAGAGCAGAAUUUGGCCCUUGGGCUUUUGACAGCAUGAAAUUAUAAUACACCUCAUUUUGUUGAGCUGCAGUCCACUAUGUGAUAACAUAGAAAAACCAAAUCUAGUCUACCUGAGAAAGAUAACAAUAGUUAACAUAUAAUUAAGGUUCAGUUCCCCUUCAAUGUGAAUGGAAAUAUAAAUAUUUUGUACAUUAUUAAUUGCCAUUUUAAAAAAUUUGUGCCAAUUUUAAAGUACAAAUUUGUCAAAAUCCAACAUUCCCAAAUGUCAUGUAGAACAUUUAAAAUAAUAACAUGGUAUUGCCAGUUUUAAAUUUCUAGCUGGGCAUCAUUACAGGAGACUCUCAGGCAAUUAGCUAUUUCUAGUUAAUGAGACUGACAGUAUAGUCUUUGCCAAUUGUCUUUGAAAUUUCAUAAAGAUAAUGAUGGCUGUGUAUCCUGAGGAUUAUGUAUCUUAUAAUUCAUUUAAUUUCAGCGAGUAUGAGCAGUCUAGAAAGGAAGGCUGUAAGUUGUAUCAGCAAUGUAAAUUAGUUUAAUUUUCAUUUUAUGAGAAAAAGAUGCACAUUUAUGGAUCCUGUCACUCUUGGUACCAUCUCAAACAGCAUAUUAGCUUUCAAACAUCUGUACAGCAAAUACAUAACCUAAAUACCAAAAUGUUGUGUCCACUAUGUAAAUUUAUUUUCCUGGGCAGUAAAUUAUAGAUAAUGACAAAUAAAGAUUAAGAUAUGUUUUUUAUCAUUGUUGAUUAGGUCAGACAAAGGUUUGUCCGAACAUCUUAUGUCAGGAAUCCAUUGAGCAAAGGCCAGCAAACUUACUGUUGGAUCAUUAGCGUUCUGUUAUUCAUUAAUUUGAAUUCUAUUUUAGGAAUAUUUGUACUUGGUAAUGCAGCAAACAAAAUAAUCUUAUAUAUGAAAUGUUGUUUUAAUAAAGUGUGAAUUGGAAUCUGAUCCAGUGAAAUACUUUAACACAUGCCUGAUUUUAAGCACAUGCUAAAAUGCUUUGCUGGAUCAGUAUAAUGAUUUCCAAUGUUCUUGAAUACUGCCUAAGGUUAAAAUAAAUUUUAAACUGGCAAUUACAAAAAAAUAUUUUAACUUUGAAGAGUUUAGCAUAAUUUAUCUCUUAGAUUAGGGUGGCCUUACAGACUGACUUCACUUAAAGAGGACGUGUCACUUAUUGUCAAUGUGGUAUGGACUUUAUUUGCUUAAAUACCUUCAUUUGUAUAGUAUGUCUCACUUGAAAUUGCUUUGUAUACAUUUUGUAAAAAUAUUUAUAAAAUGUUUUGUAAAAAAAGUAUAACAAAUUGCAGUUUAUUUUGUUAUGUUGGAUAAAUACUGUUAAAAGACACACGUUGGUAAAUAUAUUGUUAAUCCAUGGAUAGGAAAUGUUUAGUUGGAGAUUACAGAUUGAAACAACCAUUGCAAUACAGCCAAAGAUUUGGGAAAAAAGUAUAUCUGUGAUUGUCUUGAUUUAACCAAGAUGAAUAAGUACAUUUCCAAAAAGAGGGUUGUUUUCAGUUUCAAGUAAUAUGGUUGCAGAACAGGCUGAUUUACUAUACUUUUUUAUAAUGCAACUGUAUCAUAAACUAAUAUACUUAAUAGAACAG